AUGAAGUUCUGCACGCGAUUGCAAGUGCUUAAGCUGUUGGCGUGGCUGCUGUUCACCUGCAUUGGAUUCAAGCUGGUCAUGCUAAAAUGGAGAUUAAUGGAUACUUAUCCAGCGUCCUACAAUCGCCUAUCUACGCAGCAAAUUAUAAAUUAUAGUAUGCAACCAUCAAAUGAGAUGCAUCAAUUGGAGCAGCUUCUGCAGGCGAAUAAACAACAUAACUGGUCUCCUGGUUGUGCGCCGUAUCCGCUGUACGACAAUUUGCACCUGGAGCAAACUUACUUUCAGUUUGUUCAAGGCGGCAAUGAUACCUACCACUUGUAUAGCGCGCACUACGAUAACCGGAAAGCAGUGGCGAAUGCACCACGCGUUGUAGUCCUGGGCAUGGUCAGCAAUAUCCUAGGACCUUAUUCUGAUGGAUAUUGUCAGCUGUGGUAUGAGCAUAGUGACCGGCCGGAUAUAGUGCCUAUGCUUGCACCAGAAAUUGUUUGGUAUAAGGAGUGGGGUCAUGGUGGGACGCACGUCUAUCCCGCACUCAUGACUUGCCCACUAUUGAAAAGUCCGAGAAGGUAUCGCGUGCCGCAAUUAGUGUCCAUAGUAUUUGGGGAGCCCUGUGCGAAGGCUAACAAUGCGCUACUUGUGGGAUAUGAGGCGCCGCAGAGAAAUCGUUCUACGCGCUUUGCAGUUUGCGUUAAGGAUCUCGAAUUUCCUAAGGAGGACAGAUCAGAUCGCUUUGUGGAGUGGUUGGAGCUGAUGCGACUGCUGGGUGCGGAACGCGUAACGGCUUAUAACACAGGCGCCGAUAAGUUGAUGCCUAACACUUGGCGCACACUCAACUUCUACGCCCAGCAGGAUGGCUUGUUGCAGUUGCGUGAUUACAAACUGCUUGAAGGACAUCCUCUGCCGGGCGACAACUUUUGGCUGCUACGCUGCCUAAAUGAGGUACUAAUGUACUUAGAUUGCUUGUAUCGAAGCAUGUACAACUUUGACUAUGUGGGUGUAUUUGAUGUAGAUGAGGUCAUCAUGCCUUUGGGCAAGUUUCACAAUUGGCACACCCUGCUGGAACAUUUAGAGCAGAACAGUAGCUUAAGCACCGACAAUUGCAAGGCACGCACCAGCUAUUGCUUUCGAAAUGUGUACUUCUCCAAGGAGCUGCCAGAGGAUGAGACACCGCCAGCUAACUUCUAUAUGCUGCGUCAUGUGAGGCGCGUUGCUCAACACCUGGACACCGUUUCGGCCAUCAAGUGUCUGCACUCCACCGCCUACUCAACCGCAGUGCACAACCAUUUUACCUUUUACUGGGAGGAAGCUUGCGGUCCCUUUGACGUACCCACCGCAAUUGGCCAGAUGCAGCAUUAUCGGGAGCCAGAUAUCAAGGAAACGCUAACGUUACCCACACCAGUGCGCGAUGACAAUAUUUGGCGCUUUAAAGAUCAUCUCAUAAGCAGGGCACAUGCCAUACAUCGUCUACUUGGUGGUGGUAACUUGCCUUAGCAUCUAUUUUAUUACUUUCACUGUUCAUAAUAUUUCAAUUCGGUUUAUUACAAUUUUAUGAAUAUUAUAAAAUCGCCUAUCUGACACGAAACUUCAUUUAAUUUUAAUCAACUAUUUUAUUGUUGUUAUUAUUUUACAAAAAGUAGCACUUAUUAUUUUCCAAAUACCAACAUGAACUUUCAGCUAUUAAAAAUUUGAAAAUGAAGCCAAAA